CAUGAUCGUUGUAUCUGCGUUGGUCGAAUGAAAAAAAAAAUUAAAAGUUAACGACAUCAAGUGUCAAAUAAUUUUGUUUUUGACAUGCAGUAAUUUUCAGUAUUUUUUACAAUAAUUCGAUAGUCCAUAUAACGGUAUUACAAGUAUGAAUGAAAUAAACGGCAAAUACGUGAAUGUGGUACUUUCAGUGGAGGAAGGACGAGGAAUGGACUUCCUCAAAAACCACGUCCAAAUCGUGACGAAUUUCAAUGGAAGAAUUCUCGAAUCUGACUACGUAGAACCUGAAGAGUGUCCAUUGUUCAACACGGAGCUCGUUUGGGAAACCGAAAAAAAGGAUCUUCGUAAAAUUCGAAGUGCCAACACACCUUUACGCGUCGAUGUUCGAACUUUUGACGCUAACAAUCGAAAAGUUAGGAUAGGCUAUUUACUUCUAAAUCCUAGAAGUGCUAUAGUUCUUACGAAACAAUCAGCAGGGACUUCACAUUUCAAAUGGCAUAAGCUUUUGGGAGUACCUCCGGAAUUCAAGAGCAGUCAUCCUGAACUUUUUAUAUCGUUAACUAUACGAGACCAUGUUCCUGAAGUUCAAGAGCAGACGGGAUCGUCUGUGUCAGCGCAAGUUAUAGAAGAAGAAAACGAAUCAAGUGGCGAAGAACAAGCUGAAAAAAUUGCUCCUGUUUUUCCAGUCAAAUACUUCGAAGAUGGAUUCAUCCAAGUUGGAGAAGAUAAUCAAAUCACAAGAUCAUUCUACUUAAGCAUUAGCAUAAAAAAUGCAACAAAUUUGGAUCUCCUCCUGCCUGAAGUUUUAGUUUUCACGAAUAACAGGGAAAAAUAUUACUUAUCAUUUAGUAUGUUUGGAAUUGUGAUUAAAACGAAACCAUUUUGGAAGGAAUUACACCAAAGUUUCGUACUAAAUGAAAAAGUAGUCAUCAGUUUAUUAUCAAGCUACGAAGUCUUGAGGGCCUUUUUUGAGGAGCACUGUGAGGUUCUGGUGCGAUUCUAUUGUGGAAGGGAUAAGUUGGGAAUGACAAAGAUUAACGUACAGAACUUGUUUUCAAGUAAAGAAGAGCUGAAAAUUUACACUGUGUCAGAAAAUUGUCGUUUUAAAUAUCCGUCCCCUCAUGGAAUAGUUCCCGUAGGUGCUAAAGGACGAAAACCAUCAAUUGAAGUUGAAACAACUCUAGAAUGUAGAGAGCUUCCCUCUCAUUUAUUGAAUAAAAUUCACGGAUGUGAGAAUGGAACUCAAAACUUAUACGGAUUUGGAAGUGGUGACGACGUCGUGCAAGAUGAAAAAGUCGAAUACACAUCAGCUCAGAGUAGUCCUCAAUCACCAACAACAAUAGAAGGAGCAAAUGAAGCUCAAGAAAAAUCACCUAAUCCCUUAGGAUCACCCAUACACAGUGCUGGUGGUGAACGCUGCGAUUCCGCGAAAAAGACGUUAGAAAUAGAAGUGUUACAUGCACGUCAAACGGAUAAAAAAUCAGCUUCCGUGCAAGAACUUACAGAAUCUAGAGAAGACUGUAUCACUACAAGGUCAGAAGGUUCAUUUCUUGAAAACGUGCCUGGACUUGCGUUACUAACUCCCGUACUAGAUUCUUGUAUGGUAAUAAAAGACAAAUACCAAAAGUUCAGUCUCGACAUAGCAUUGGACAAAAUCUAUUGGAGGACGCCCCCUAAAACUACCCAAUUCUCCAUAAAAUUCAAACACCCUAAAGCAAAUUCCUUCUACAUUAUUAGUCCUUCCGUAAGUGACUCUUCGGAAGAUACUACUUUAGAAGGUGCUCGCUGUAGACUGUAUUACAUUUCUACAUCAGAAGAAAUUAAAAAAUUACUGUACUCUUGGCCAGCAAAAAUAGUAUUAAUUGACGAAACCGAUAAUCCAGUAAGCGAGGAAGUUGACGUGUACACAGUAGCAUUUUUGUCAAGAGAUCGUAAAGAAUGUUCUUAUCAAGCAGACCUGAAGUCUAUAAAAAGUUUUGAUGUGAUUGCAAAGUUGUUUAUUACAUUGUAUUUACAAGAACAAUCUUUAACUUUCUCCGCAAAAGAUAAGGAGGGUGAACUACAGCCAGCAGUGUUGGAUGAGAAAGUAGCAGUAAAGGAAUUGGAAGAGUUGGACAAAUGGAAAGAAGAAGAAAAGGCUAAAUUUUUAACAGAACUUAAGGUACUUCAGAAUAAGCACAUUUCAGUUCUCCAGGAAGACUGGAUAGGAAGAAAGAAUGAAUUGGAAGAGAAGCUAACCAAGAAUGUCGCAAAAAUUAAAGUGUUAAAGAAAGAGCUUCAAGCAGCAGUAACUAAAAUGAAACUAAAAGAUCAAAUAGUAAAAAGACAAAACGAACGAAUAAUGUCUACAAAUAUACAGACAGAAAUAGAAAGGUUCAGUUCUCAUGAUCGUAAAGAUUUAAUCCAAACGGUAUUUAAAUUGGAACAGCAAAAUCUUGCUCUCAAAGAACUAGUCGAUGAACAGCAAAGUGAAAUAGAACAAAUUAAAAAAACCGCGUUGACGAAAGAACAAACCACAUACCUGCUACAAGAUCUUAGAGGUUUAGAAGAGAAAUUCGAAGAAGCUCAAAAGACCAAAAACUAUUUCAAGGAGCAAUGGAAGAACGCAGUCAGAGAAAUCCACGAAUUGCGAACUGAAGAUCAACGACAAAUCAAAAAUAAAUUGCAAACUCAUAGAGAGGAGUUGAGCCAGUUGAGCUUGGACAACUUGUUCAAAAAUGAAGCCGAAUCUCUUGACAAAGAUGUAGGAAGCCUUACAAGUCCUAGAAGACGAUCUCCUGAGAAAGCAUUAUCAGACGUGUCUUCUCUGGGGGGGAUAAGCACAUUUCUUGGACCUAAGACCGAAUAUUACAGAGAUCCAAAUUCAUUUUAUCAAAACGUUAUCGCGGGCUAUACUUUCAUACACGAUAAUUGAUGCUGAUUUACUAUAUACAAUGUACACAUACAUAUUUCGUAUAU